CGCAUUGCCGUAUUCGUCUACACACCAGCGUGUCAGAUCGUCCAUUCAGCGAGCCAUUAGGGAAACGCAUAUUCGGUGGUCGGAGUGCCCGACUUCGUGUGUCGCGAAGGUUUUGCGAUUUUGACGGUUGUCCGACUGACCGGUGAUAUCAACGCAGCAUCUUCGUCUCGUCGUCUUGUUUUGGAGAACCGUUUUCCCGCGCUUGCCACGAAGUCGAUUUGCACCUAUUAAAUACCACGCCGCUUUCACUCUCGACGUGCCUCGUUUGCAUAAAUUCCACGGCACAAAUGAUGAAAGGCCGUCAUCAGUUUCGCCGUCGCUUCAGUUUGCAACCUUCGGCGCAUUUAAAAGAAGAACAGGAAGAUGGAACAACAAAGAAUGCCAGGAACGACAGAUUGUCGGAAUCGGACAGCGGUGGUGGAAAAUCGGCCGAGAGUUCGAUUCGGCAUAAGAUCGUGAUGAUGGGCGCAGCGAAAGUCGGCAAGUCAGCAAUAAUUAACCAGUUUCUUUACAGUACAUUCACGCCAAAGUACAAGCGCACCGUCGAGGAGAUGCAUCACGGUGAUUUCAAUGUUUCCGGGAUCCAAUUGACUCUCGACAUUUUAGACACAUCCGGUUCGUAUGAGUUUCCAGCAAUGAGAGAUUUAUCGAUCAAAUCAGCUGAUGCCUUCGUUCUGGUUUACGACGUCAACGAUUCUAAUACGUUUCUCGAGGUGAAGACCCUCAGGGCUCAGAUACUCAGCACGAAAGGAGCCGUCCCUAUAGUAGUUGUUGGUAACAAGAUCGAUCUCGUAGAAACGGAGCAGGAGGUGGAGACCGAGAGCACGAGAGAAUUAGUAACCAUGAAAUGGGAAAACGGCUUCGUGGAAGUGUCCGCAAAGGAAAACCUAAAUAUCUCUCAAGUAUUUAAAGAGCUUCUCAUCCAAGCCAAGCUGAAGUAUAAUCUAAGCCCGGCGCUGCAACGUCGCCGUCGGCAGUCCUUGCCACCUCCACAGCAUCUGAAUUCGCGCAGCAGCAGCACUCACGUGCCAUCGCCAGCUCAGCUUCAACAUCUGCAACAGAUUCGCGAACGUUCCGAUUCUAAAAGGAAUUCUUGCAUUUUGUCGUAAAGUGAAAUCUUUGCUGAUAUCGUCGUGAUAAAUUUCCCCUGACGAUUCCACGUAUACCGAAUCGAUUGGCGUCCAAUCUGAGAAUUAUCAAGCGUGACAGAUGACAGAUGAUUAAAUGACCCGUAUGAAGUUUUAUUUAUAGAUACGAUAAGCUAUGGUUAUCGAUUAUUUACGAGAUUUCGAUAAUUCAUACGACGCCACGAAAAAAACGUGAUGAUUCGGUAUUUUGCCCAUCAAAUAUGAGUCGCAAAAUAUUUAAACGAGUCUAAAAACGUGCAUAUGUUCGGAAAAGUUUUGCUCUGAUAUCAUUAUU